ACAGAUUGUCGCUUACAAAUAGUCAAAUUAUGUUCAUAAUAGGCCAUGAAAACUUUUAUGUCAAUUAAUAUCAGGUACAGUCAGUGAAUUUUUUCUACUCUUAAAUUAAGUUUUUUUAUUCAUUAAUUAUUAGUUCAAAUACAACAGAUAGAUCGGACUACACUUUCGAGUUGGAAAAUGCAGUCAGGUGCAUUUACGACGCUCGUGUUUGCCAGUUUGAUCGCGUGCUCUUUCACCGCAACCCUAUACUCGUCCAACCGCGAUGUGACUUACACCGCGCUCAUGCGCAUUACCGAUGCCGCGUUCCAAAACGACUACAGCCGACCACCCUACCCCGGUCCCUUCCAACCGGACGACCGCGAGUACGCUGACGCCCUUUUCCGUACAAAUCAAAAUAACAACGGUGCACCACAAUCCUACUUUCUUGCCGUCCAUGAGAUCUGCGAUGCUAGCGAAUACAUCGCCAGCCGGCCGAGCAGCCGGCAAGACAACCGUUUCUGGCAUCGAUACGCCGAGGACGGUUCCCUGGCUAUUGCCGAUCGUCUCUCCGCUGAGUACAUGGAAAUCGCCGGGGUUACUCGCAUUCGGCAGGGAUAUCAUUAUGAAGCCCGCAAACUGAUUGGUCAAGCGCUCCAUAUGGCGCAGGAUGCGUACCGCAACGCUAACGGGACAUUCGGCGCGGGCGCCGUCCAGGCAUCGGUCGACUGGUGGAACCGAAUGUUUCGGGAUUUACCACAAACCGAUCACAGAAGCCUAUUGCAUUUGGGCAGAGAUCGCGGACGGUGGAUGCUGCUACUACUGGACAAUGGGCCCAACCACCAGGAUGGGCUGCUGCCGCGCCUGAACGCUCUCGCACGCUGGACGGCGGAAUUCGUCAGUCGGCUCAAUAAUUAUCCCUGGGACAACUCACAUAUACCGUCAAGAUUUACCGUGAGAAUCGGAUCCAGGAAUCAGCUCGACAUGUACUUGGGUAAUUAUCCACAGACAGUUCUGGAUAGCGUCAGUACUUUGGUGAGACGAUGUACCCAGAACAUAACGUCAUGUCUUGAAGACUACGAUGGCAACCUCUUAGGCUCGUUAGACGAAUUACUCCGGGAGUACAAAGUACCACCCCGAGCUCCCGUUGUUCUCUUCUCGGAUCGACGUUUUAGCGCUGAUCCAAGAUUACAUCUGCCAUGGCUACAGGCUCGCCAGCAUCUCUUGACCAUAAUCGGUAACCCACCCACCGACUAUCAAUCAGUCUACGCUGAUUUCGCGCAAAAGACAGGAGGCGGCGCUGUCUUCGCUAGCAACAACGCGGACGAUCUGUUCCAGAAUAUGGGAUUUUUGCACCACAUCUACAAAGAGAAUCUAGUAGCUGCUGCUUGCAUAGACGGUUCCAAAGACACAGAAAAGGAAAUAGAAAUUGAAGUUCGAUUACCUCGUGAUGCACCAGCCGGUAUAUUGAUCGGCAACCAGGAUAUUUCCCUAGAUCUUGCUUCAAACGGCAGUUAUCGGUCCUACCGCCGCGGGCAAUGGCUAGAAGCUCCUGAAAAUAUUAGAACCGUCAACGGAACAUGGAAAGUAAAAGCGAAAGGUCAAACUCCAGGGUGGUCUUUGCAAGCGUUCGUCCAGUCUGAAGUAUUUCACGAUAUUGCUCUGUACCGGUUGGAGGACUCUACGGGAAAUACCUCACGGCCCUGGACGCACCGUGGAUACGUCCGGAUCGAAGGCAAUCCGGUUGUCAACGAAAGCGUCAGCAUUCUAAUCAGUCGGUUAGCGUGUAUCGGUUGUGAAGCCGGGUUUCCCGAAGUACAAUUGAUCACGGCAACAAGCGACAUUCUCGCAAAGGUCACCGCCCAACCAAUCAGCAACCAGUUUUUUGUGGUGGAUAUUGUCGUGCCCGCUCAACCGUUUCGCAUCGAAAUAAGUGGGGAUUCCGAAGGCAGGCCGUACAAGCGCUACAGCGAAACGCUAAUUACACCAACACGUUUCGCCAUGGAUCUCGUUACGAAUCGAGCUAUCGAUAUUCUCUACAGUACAUCCACCACCGGCGCCAAACUGUCAUACACAACCGGUAGUUUAUCUCCACAACUGCAAAUCAGGGAAACUUGGGAGCUUUUAUCACCCAUUAUGGAAGCCGGUCUCAACACGCACGAAUUUAAUAUCACUUCGGAUGAGCGUCUUGGCACCGGAGUCGGUGUGAUGUAUCUCUUCUUUGUUCUGCUCAGCGACAACCAGCAGUUAAGUGGCGAUAACUUUAUUCUCCGGGAGACUAACAUCCUCGAUGGUAACGCAGUUCCACCACAAUGUACCAUCCGCCAGUCAACACAUCUUCUUUGCAAAGGCUUCACAACCUGUGUCAACGCCACUUACAACGCCCAGGUGGAAAUAACCGAUGAUAUUGACGAUUUCCAGUACGCUGUCCAUCCGGUGGAUUUCCGUGGCGACUGGUCGAAUGCCAAUGGGGCGGUUGUCACCAGUCAGCUGGUGCGGGUCAACGGGAAGCUGGUGAUGCGCAAGCAGGUCACCGGUGCGUCAUGCUGUGAGACCGUCAGACUGUAUGCCACGGAUGUCAACGGGGAACCUGGAGAACCCUGCGUAUUUACCAGUCCGAUCGUGGACGAGACCAGUGGUUCGGGUGGACUGUCGGUGGGAGCCGUGGUGGGGAUAGUACUGCUUGUAUCGCUGGGAUGGCAAUGAUUAAUAUUAACGGCUUCAUAGUUUCUUGCUGCCAGAAAGUGGAGAUGAUUAUUUUUACCUGUGAUAUAUGUGUGGUUCUGUUGACCAUCAUGUAUUCGGUUAAGAGUCCAGUUUCCACAGCUGAGUUAUGGCUUCAUGGCCAAAGAAUGUACUUGUACUCUGAUUUAAUAAUUAUCAUACUUCUACCCCUGCGGUAGAUUCAGUACUGCUGCCCGUUGAAAAGGGCAAAAGAGAUUUGGUAAUUACACGAAGUUUCAAUGAAAUUGCAUCAGCGUUUAUUGUCUUCCCUUCUUUGAUCGGAAUUAUUACCGACAUUGAA